CUCUCUCUCUCUCUCUCUCUCUCUCUCUCUCUCUCUCUCUCUCUCUGUCUGUCUGUCUGUCUGUCUCUGCUCUCUCUCUCUCAUACUUUUAACGCUGUCUUAGCAUGUUUUCAAGGCCAGACCGUUGUUUCUUGCAGUGCCUCCAAGGUACUUCUGCGCCCUGGUGUCUCCUUCCAGGUCUGUUUCCAGCUUGCAUGUGGACGAGGAUGCAUCCUGCAACAGCUUAACGAGUCUUGAAAAAAGACCCUCAAGUCGCAGCGGAAGGAGCGGGGAGAGGUCGCCCUUCGAAGGGUCAUGCUGCGGGUCAUCCUACGUCUCCUCAGAGUCCUCCUUGGAGAUCACCAAGUACAGGGUGGUGAUGUUGGGUGAAUCAGGCGUGGGCAAGACAUCACUGGUGACGCAGUUCAUGACGUCAGAAUACAUCAAUACCUACGACGUUUCACUAGAUGACGAAUUCGGCGAGAAAAGCGUGUCGGUCCUGCUCGACGGCGACGAAAAUGAGGUCACUUUCAUAGACCAUCCCGCGCACGAAAUGUCGGCCGAGAACUGCCUCUCCACCUACGACCCCCAUGCGUGCGUGGUCAUCUACUCCAUCACGGACAAGGGCUCCUUCAAGAAAGCCGAGGACAUCCUCAACUACUUGUGGCGCGAGAACUACACCAAGGAGAAGGCGGUCAUCCUCGUGGGGAAUAAGGUCGACCUCGCACGAUCCAGAGUUGUCAGCACGGAAGAGAGCAAGGCGUUGGCUUCCUGUCACGACAGCAAGUUCAUAGAGACGUCGAGUGGGAUUCAACACAACGUUGAUGAACUGCUUGUUGGCAUCGUCAAGCAGGUGCGGUUGCGCUUGGCGGCCCAGAGGAAGCGCCUCAAGAAGAUGUCCUCCUCCAAGACGUCGCUGAGCCUCCACGCCGCCAAGGAGCUCCUUAGCAAGAUGUGUCUCCUCGACAACAAGUCCAAGUCGUGCGAAAACCUCCACGUCUUGUAGAGGAGAGGAUGGACGUGGGUGGGAUUUCUGCGGCCUUUGGAAAAUGACCUUUGGGUUGCAGUAAGGCUUCCUAAAAUGCCUCCAUUCCUUUUUGUCAAGGCGGCGGACGUCCCUCCGAGUUCUUAGUUCUUCCUUUUCGUGUAAUCAACAAUGCCAAUUUAAUUUUCUUCAAAGAAACCAAAACUUAGAUCCUUGUUUUCCCUUGGUGUGAUCCCUAGGACUUUCAUUUUCUCCUCACUUGGAUGUUCACUCGCAUCUCCUCCCACCUGCUGUUCCUCGAGACCUUGGCAGCUUCUGUUUCCGGGAGGCGGCUGGAUUCACGGUCCCCCUUGCCGCCCGCCGAGGCCGAGGUCCCUCUCGGCGGGGCGGGAAUCAGCUGGGACUCUCCUCGGUGUGCCCAAGGCUGUCCCUUCCUUCUGUCAGUCAAAUGAAAUAGCGAUAUACAUGCAUCGUUAAGUGGAUAUUCACAUACACACACAUGCAAACACACACAGACACACACACACACACACACACACACACACACACACACACACACACACACACACACACACACACACACACACACAC